GUGGGUCCACAGGAAAAUGUACGGCGUGAUUGCGCUUCUGUAUCCCACCAACCUCAGGGUAUAUAUCAGACACACGAUGAAGCGGUUAUGGACAACAAGUUCAUCACCCUCAUCAAGUUCAUCGCUACCCUUUACAUUUUGAAUAGCUUCCUCCUGUUAAAAAAUGUCCUCUAUCAGUGCUACCUCCUCUCCCAUCACCACUGUCUUGGGCAAGUGGCACCGCGUUUCCAACUCGUCGACCGAUGUCGACCUCGAAGCACAAAUCAUAACCGGGACUCGCGUUCCCCUUGACUUACCUUCUGUACCCUCACCUGUGCACUCCGCUGCAGCCCCCACCCGCACACCUGAAUCAAACAACACUUCUUCUGAUCCAAUCGACGACUUCUUUGGGGUUACGCGCUCUCGUGCUACCUGCGAAAGCAGACACGACUCGCACUCUCUUACGUCUCGCUUUUCUACUGCGGACGCAGACGAGCCUCCUCCAUAUGCUUAUGGUGUUGAGCCUCCAGCAUACGCUUCCACUGCUGAGCCAGUGACGCUCGCCAUGUAUCUUUUCAAAUUUGGAUUCGUAUUCCCACUUUUCUGGCUACUUGGAGCCAUUAUUCUCGUGUCGCCGCUCUCCGCUCCGGCUGACUUUGAGCCAUCAAAAACGGAGGGCGAGCGGCAAGAGCUAGUGCAGAAGAUGAGGGCUACAGAGUUGAAGUGGGCAAAGAGAUGUGCAUGGGCUUUGGUCAUUCUAUUACUCGCCGUCGCUGUUAUCGUGGGCAUCGCCGUUGGUGUCAUGAAAAGCUAAUCGCCUUCUCAAUAUCCCGCGUCUACUCACCACCACUUCGGAUUGUACUGGCGCAAUAUGCACAGCGCCAACCUCUCAUCCUAAAAGUAUCCUCGCAUUCAUUGCACCAUCUCUCGCAUUUGUUGAACACAAUCAAUCACACAGUCCUUUUUCGUCUCUCUUCGUACUUUACUCACACAGCUGGGCUCUAAUUCUCCAUUUACCUCUCUUGAUCGGUUUUCUUGCAAUUUGUAUCCGUUUAGAACAAACGUCAUGAUCAUAAAGAUCACCAUGUAUAACAUAGGUCAUGAUAGCGACUGUAUUUAUUCCUUAUUAUAUUUUCUAUU